UGAGCUAUGGCACGCGGGGAGCGUCGAGCUGUGUUUUGUAAUCGCCUCCGCCCCCUCCCCCACGCCGUGCCUCUCAGCCAAUGGAGAGUGCACGUUGUGGUCAGAUGACGCAGCUUUUUAUGUAAGCCAGCGGCGGGUCUGCGGUGAUGUUCGAAGGGGGGUUACGGUUUAACGGCAGCUCCGUGAAGCUACUGCUAUAGGGCGCGCGGGUGGUGCGCCGUCACCCGCUGAAGUGUCUACUCCUCCCACCCACCCCCCGUUGCGAGUGCCUCGCGGCCCUGCGCAGAGCCGAGCCCGGCUACAGCCGCGCCGCGAGGAGCGCCACACCCCCCUCUGCGAUCCGGACGGCGAGCGGGGCAGCAGGGUGGGGGCUCGCCGCAGGAUGGCGUCGUCGUCGGUGGUUGUGAGCUCAGAGGGGUCCCCGGAGCCCGGGGACAGCGGGUGGCUCCGCGGGGAGCCCGAAGGGGAGCAGGAGCGGUUGCUGCGGCGCGGGGAACUGCUGGCCAUGGGGAACCACCUGAAGGAAGCGCUGGAGACUUACUCGGCGGCGCUGCGUCUCGGGCCGCCCGCGGGACCCCGCCGCCUCGAGACCCUUGUGGACUGUCUGGUGCUGAACUACCGCCUCCGACAGGGGCUGGACUGGAGCCGGGACCAGGGGGCCCGGGAGGAGGGAGGCGGCGCGGCCGCAGGGCCGCUGACCUGCUGCGGCUGCCGGGGCUUCCUGGCCGAGCCGGUAACCGCUCCGUGCGGGCACAGCUACUGCCGCCGCUGCCUCCGGAGGGAGCUGCGCUCCCGCUGCCGCCUGUGCCGGGACCUGCUGCUGCCGCCGGACGGGGGUGGCUGCGCCGCCCAGCUCCGGACCAGCGUCGUCCUCAACCAGUUGGCGGAGAAGUGGUUCCCGGCCGAGUGUGAGAGGGCGCGGACCGGCAACCGGCUGGGGGAGCUGCUGAGCCAGGGGCGCUUCCGAGAGAGCUUGAGCGCCACCAGCCAGGCCUUGCGAGCAGAUCCCAGUGACUUGAUGUUAAGAGUUUACAGAGCUGAAUCAUAUGCUGGCCUCCAAGAGUUUAAAACAGCCAUAGAAGAUCUAAAUUUUAUCAUCUCUAAAAUGUCAGAUUGGCCAGAGAUUUACUUCAGGAAAGCAAAGGUGCUUCAUGAUGCUGGGUUUGUAGGUGAUGCCUUACAACUGUUCCUACAGUGCUUAUCCCUUGAUGAGGAUUUUGUUCCAGCAAAGCUAGAAGUGGAAAAGACAUUGUAUAAUUUGCUGUCACCAGAAAAUGUGAGAGAGAGUCUGAAGGAAUCUGCUUGGAGUUCACCUCAUAUUCGAAAUAAACCUUUUACACUUGGUUCUGAAAUGGAAGAAUUUGGCUGUAGUCUACAGCUUUGUCCAGAGCAGAAUUUAGGAGUGCCAGAGAUAACAGUGGAGUCUUUCAGAGGAAGCCUAAAUCGUGUACAAUCUGUCCAUGCUCUUAACUCAACAGAAAAUCUUGCUAAAGGAGAUGGAUUAAAAAAGGUUUCUUCUGAACCUCUGCUUUCUAGCCAGGAAAAAGGUGCUCUCCUAAAAAGGAAGCUUUCCCUUUCAGAACAGGAUGCAAUUGUGUGUGAAGAUGGAAGAAGCAAACAUAAAAAACCAGGAGAAACUACAAAAAGGGACGUUCCACAGCACUUAAUUGAUGUGGCAGAUUUUGAGUGCUCUCUGUGUAUGAGGUUAUUUUUUGAGCCGGUGACAACCCCUUGUGGACAUACCUUCUGCAAGAAUUGUUUAGAACGCUGUUUAGACCAUGCCCCACAGUGUCCCCUAUGUAAAGAGAGCUUAAAAGAGUAUUUGGCAAUUAGGAAAUACAGUGUCACAGUACUACUGGAAGAAUUAGUGGUGAAAUAUCUGGCUGCUGAACUAUCUGAGAGAAGAAGAAUUCAUGAUGAAGAAACUGCUGAACUCUCAGACUUGACCAAGAAUGUUCCGGUGUUUGUUUGCACUAUGGCAUACCCCACUGUGCCUUGCCCUCUUCAUGUGUUUGAGCCAAGAUACCGAUUGAUGAUUCGCAGAAGUAUGGAAACUGGGACUAAACAAUUUGGGAUGUGUAUCAGUGACCCUCAAAACAAUUUUGCAGAUUAUGGUUGUAUGCUGCAAAUUAGGAAUAUUCAUUUCCUACCUGAUGGAAGGUCUGUAGUUGACACAGUUGGUGGAAAGAGAUUUAGAGUUUUACGAAGAGGGAUGAAAGAUGGCUAUUGUACUGCAGACAUUGAAUAUUUGGAAGAUAUUAAGGUUGCAGAUACAGAAGAGCUGAAGAAACUGAGAGAGCUUCAUGACGUGGUGUACAGUCAGGCUUGUGGCUGGUUCCAAAGCUUGAGAAACAAAUUUCGCAGCCAGAUCCUUCAGCACUUUGGGCCGAUGCCUGAGAGAGAGGAAAACCUACAGGCAACACCUAAUGGACCGGCUUGGUGUUGGUGGCUUCUAGCUGUCCUCCCUGUAGACCCCAAGUAUCAGAUCUCGGUUCUCUCAGUGAUGUCUUUGAAAGAACGUCUAAUCAAAAUCCAACAUAUACUCACAUAUUUUUCUAGAGACCAGUCCAAGUGACUAACCGCCUGGAUCUUCCUGAAGAGUUACUCUUUUCUGGUUGUAAUCACAGCUGGAGUUUUUGCUGCCUUUGCACAUCUAGUGCUGGUUUGAAAAGUGUGAUGAAACUGCGUCCUCCCCACUCCCCCCGCCAACCUCGUGAACCAUCUGGUUUUCUAAAUGGACACUGUCUUCAGCUAGGAUAGACCACUAAAGUUGCGCAUGCCAAAAUCAGUCCAGCCAGAACAUGGAAAAACUCUACAUGAUUUGCACUAUGUAUGAGACAUCAUGCUAAGACUUGAGAAUUUAUUGUCAUUGACUUUUUAAAGCUGUGGGAAAUGCAAGACUUAAGGCUGACAGUCCACGUUUACAGCAUUAAGGAUGCAUUUUUUUUGCAAAUAAGAGCUUGCCUCAGAUACAACUGUCCUGUUGCUAUUUGCACAAAUAUUUGAAUAUAGUAUUGAAUGUUGGUGUUGGAAAUUACUGCUCUUGCUGAACUGUCUUGACUAUGGCACAGAUUCUUAAUAUCUUAUAAAUAUUUGCAUCACAGAACAAGUGACAUGAAUUAUGAUGAAAUUAGAGCUGGUUUUUAGGAACAACUGCAAAAAAAAAUGAACAUGGUACUUCUGUCAAAGACAAUGAAACUGUGAAUAGGGCUUAUGUACCUAUAACUGUACAUGUUUAAAGGGAAAAUUGAAAACAAAUGUUUAAUACCAGUUACAAUUUUAUUGGGCUUUUCACAGACUGGUGGUCCUUAAGCACUUAAGUAGUUUAUAGAGCUUAUAACAAGAAGCUGUAGUACAAUAUGCUAGGAAUUGUGCAUUCAGAUUUUUUUUGAAAAAACAAGCUUAAAGGAUGAAAAGUUUAUAAAUUGUUCGCUGCCUCUAUGCCUUAUUAAUAGUAGAGCCCACUGCAGUGGUAAUUUUAAGAAUUCAUGCUGCCAACUGGUACUUUAAUUUCCGUUGGUUGCAUAUCCAUGAAUAUCUGACACAUUAGCUUUCUUGUAUGUAAAUCAUUUGUAAAAUAUUUCUUACAAAUCUUGCUUUUGCUAAUAUAUUUAAUUUUCAAGAAAAGCUAAGUUUGUAAUAUUUUGUAACUUAACUAAAUGUUACUUUUUU